CGGUGAGUCUGAGCAUGAUCGGAAGUGAAAUUAACAUGGCGGCUGUUUUCAAAACCUCAGAAAAUUUUAUAUUGUGAAAAUUAUUUAUAAUUAUUUGCAUGUAGAUACCAUGUUUAAUUGUCUGUAAAAAUCUUAAGCGUUUGUUUACAGAUGUGUGUUAUCACUGAUAAACAUGGUAACGAAUGGAAAAUACCUUGUAGUUGUGGCAGUUUUAGAAGGUCGAAAUUUCCCCAGAAGACCUAAACACAAAAUUAUUGUCGAUGCUAAGUUCGAUGGAGAACUUUUAUCAACAGAUCCUGUUGAUCAUGUGGAGAAUCCAGAUUUUACUCAAGAACUAGCCUGGGAGCUAGAUAAGAAGGGUCUUUAUCAACAUCGUUUGCAACGCUCUUCAAUAAGGGUACAGUGCUAUGCAUAUGAUCCACUGAGCACAAUGAGGGAAAACUUAGGAUACAUCGUCUUAGAUUUAAGGUCUGCUCAAAACAAACAGACUUCAAAAUGGUAUCAGCUUCUACUUCCCAAAUACUCCAAGUCGAAGCCAGAAAUGCGUCUUGGGAUUUAUGUGGAAGAUGACAAGAAGAUGAGUCAAACUGGAUUCAAAGCCAAAGAUGCUCCAGCCAGGGCAGGACAGAUACCACUGAAAGAGCUAAGUUUGAAUGACCUGAAGCCAGUGUUGAAUGAAGCAGAGGGAUAUUACCAACUGGGACCUGAGGACAGAUGCAAUGAGCACUUUAUGUUGUCUAUUACCAUUUCAUUUGCCACAAAUCUACCACAGCUGAUACCCACAAACAUGCCUCUCCCAGCCAGUGCUAAUGGUUACUUCUUCUACUAUGCCUUGUUUGGGAAUGAUGUCACCAAUGCUACAUUCUAUGAUCUGCUGAACCCUUCAUUUCCUAUUGAACGGGACUCAGUGAGGCUAAGGAGCAGUCCUGAGGCUUUACAACUUUUUCUUGAGAGGCAACCAGGAAUACAAAUUCACUUAUGCUGUGGAGACCAGUCUCUUGGAAGUGCAGAGGUACCGCUCAACUCUAUGUUAAAGAAAGACAGCAAUGAAAUCUACAUGAGACCAGUGAUUAUGGAAGGAGUCUUUCAUUUAUCUCCACCAAAUAGAACCAAGCAACAACUACCUCCUGUUCCUGAGGACAUGAGACCUGCAGUGGGGGUCUCUGUUACCAUGAGGAAAGAAGAACAGAUUCAAGUGACGCCGUCCAAGCAGCAUACAGAUAGCACAGACACUCCUCCUGUGCUAGAGGAUCACAUCAAAGAAACAAAAAAGCAGAAAGGGAAGAGUGCAGACAAAAAGAAACACAGACCUCAGGAUGAACAGUAUAAAGAUUCAUUUGCUGAGGCAACUGGUGACAGUGUGAGUAGCCUGGAAGAGGAGAAGAAGGAACAAAGAGACAAAGAUAAAAAAGAAAUUGCUUCACAAAGAGAAGAUGAGAGAUCUAAAUCCCUACCAGUCACGCCAGAAAAACAGUCAGAAUCUUCACCUCCGUCCCAGCAGCCAGCCAGGGUGGCUCCAGCACAGCCGACAGUAUCAAGCAGUACUUCCACAACUACACAAGGUUAUGUCGCCAUCCCGCCACAGUCAAGACAUUUUAGCGUCACUGUUGACUUGAGGAGCUUAAGGGACCUUGCUACAGAUUCAUACAUAAAUGCCUAUGUGAGGUACACAUAUGCCUUUUUUGGCAGUGCCGCCCCUAAAGUGAGCCACCCUGCAGUGGAGGUACAGCGAGGUAGAGAGGUGCUCUUACCCCAGGGGGUUUGCACUUUUGACUUUGCUGCAACUCUACACCAGCUGCAAGAAACAUUCAUGACCGUCCCAUUGGUGGUGGAAGUGUGGGACAGAGACAAGAAUAAAGCUCAGGAUACUUUGUUUGGAGUGACAAGAAUUUCAAUGGCACACCUGUUAGCAGCUGAACAGUCUCGGGUGGUGAAGAGUGAUAACUCUGUAGGUUGGAGGCAAGUUUAUGACACAUAUUGCUCUCUGAUGUCUGUGGAUGGAGCUGGAAAGAGGGUGGGAGAACUCCAUGCAGUGUUAAGUUUAGAAGAUCUGGGGCUUAUUAGCACACAGCAUGUCUAUGUUAACAAUGAGCAGCACAAGCCACAGGUAUAUGCUACAGAUGAAAGUAGUACCACUUUGGCCCCUCCUCCAGCGCCCCCUGCUGUCCCACCUCAGCCAGAGCCCAGGGAGACCAUUGAAUAUAAAGCUGCCCUGGAGUUAGAGAUGUGGAAGGACACACAGGAGCAGGUGUUUGAGACACAGCUGAAAGAGAAGGAACUCCACCAUUUAAGGGCCCUUGCUGAAGAAUGGAAGAGAAGAGACAAAGAGAGAGAACUUCUUGUUCAGAAAAAGAUAUCAGAGUAUUCACAGCUAGAGGAACAACUAAGGAAAACCUUGGCUGAUUUAGACAGAAGAGAGAGGCAGUUGGAAUCUAGUGAAAAUGAAAUAACCAGGAUAAAAGCAGACUUACAGCGUGAACAUGAAUACAAGCUACAUGAGAUGAGGGAAGCCUCCAGAAGAAUGCAGGAAGAUUGUGAACAUAAGAUACAGCUGGAGAGAACAAAGACUCAGACGUUAGAGGAACAGAUAGGAAGGUUGAAACAGGAGUUGAUUAACUCAGAGAACAAAGUCCAGUCCCUGGAGAGAGAUUUCAGUGUGUACAAAGAGCAGCAAAGCAGCAAACCCGAGGUUCGCCUUCAAUCUGAAAUUAAUCUGCUGACACUGGAAAAGGCUGAACUUGAGAGGAAGUUGGACUCUGUUUCCAAGUCUAAAGUCCACUACAAGCAGCAGUGGGGACGGGCACUGAAAGAGCUGGCCCGCAUGAAGGAGAAGGAGCAAGCAGUUGCAAAACGACAGCUCCGCAAACAGCAGCAGGAGCUGGAGCACAUGAGGCUUCGCUACCUGGCUGCAGAGGAGAAAGAGGUGGUAAAGGCAGAAAAACUAGAAUUGGAGGAGAUUAAGCAGGAAGUUAACAGACUAAAAGAACAAGAAAAUCAGAAACAACAACAGCAGCAGCAGCCUCUGCACAAAGCAGAUAUUUCCAGUACAUCCCCAGGUGGCAGUGUCCAGUACACCCCUCUUCAGCCCGACCCUGACACCACCAUAGAUGAGAGGAUUGCUAGACUGAUAGAGGAGAGGGACGCACUGCUGAGGACUGGUGUGUACACACACGAGGACAGGAUAAUAGCGGAGCUGGACAGGCAGAUCAGAGAGGCUAUAGCUAGAAAGAGCAGCUGACAGCUCCUGAGUCACACGACACUGCUGUUAACACAGGAAUAGUAGUUCAGAGACACGGAUUAUGACUUAUUUCUUGUGUCAAAAGUAUUGUUGUUGGUUUGAUAACUUUAUUGAUUUGAGCCAGCAGGUUCUGAGCAGUAUAAAGUGUAGUCUGGAUCAUGCAAAUUCACAUUCUUUGGAGCAUGAUUUGGUUAAAAUUGUUAUAACAGUUUUAUAAAGUAACACAUUGUGCUCAGUUGUAACAAGUAGGGGCAUUAGUACAUGAAGAACCUGGUUACGAAGGGCUUUCUUGCAAUUAUAUUAUAGAAGUCCCCUUAAACAAGUAUUUAUUUGGUGUUCACUAAGACACAUCUACCUGCUUGAUAUGACUUAAUGUGACUUACUGACCCCGAGUUUCAGAGUACACUGGGAAUUGCUGGAGCUCACAGUAGAGGUUAGGUCCAAUGAACUCCCAAACUCACAGACAAGAGCUAUUAAGUCUUAGUAUGGAAACUGUUGCUGUACAAAACAAUUGAUGUAGCAUCAAAAAUGGUGUGUCAUAUUAAAUCACAGUAUAUUCAUUUCACACAUUUGUUUCAUUUCUCCACCUUUGGUAGAGGAAGAGUGGAGGUUAUUCCUGCAUCCAUCGUUGUAAUAUAUUUUAUAAGGUAUAAUUUAUGACACAAGUUAUAUGUUGUAUAUUUUUUGCAAAUGUAAUAUAACUUCAACUGGAAGACAUUUGAUUCAUGCUAGAUUAGUAAGUGAGUCUAUUCAUGCUACUAACAGUGGGAUUUCUUUAGGGUUUCAAAGUUAGUUACCACUGCUUUUUUCAAACAACAACACAUUUAAAUUAGUCACAUUUGGGUACAACUGAUUGUGGGAUUAGUUUUACAGCUAUCUUAUUUAUCUCAUUUUUUCAGUUCUACUCAUGUGCAGGUUCAUAGCUGAAAAUGACUAGUGUAAAAUUGCCCACUUUCAAAUCCAUCAGUACUGUGAAGUAACAUUUUUCUGAAUUUUGUUAAUUCAUUAGUUUCUUAUAAGGCCGAGUUACUUAAAAUUGACCCUGAAAAGAGGUUGGUGAGGUGCAUAUUGGUCUUAAGCAAUAAUUGUUGAUCAUGGAAUUUAGUUUUUAAAUUAGGACUUUCGACCAGCAAUUUCCCUUCCUUCUCUACCCUAAGUGAAUUGUAGUGGUUAUGUUCAGUCAGUAAGUAUGGAUUAAAAUUGCCAGUGCAUAUUAUUUCCAGUUAUUUAAUAAUUGUACUGUAUAUAUACAUAUGCAAGUUGUAC